AUGCAGUGCUUGUUUCUGCCGGCUGCCGGUUUUGGCGGUUUCUACUUUUAUGUGUUUAUUAACUUUUCACUGAGAAAAAUAAAGUAACUACUUCAAAAUACAAAUAUAAUUCAUGUCCGAUAACAACAUGGUGCUAAAUGAUAAUGGUUGGUCUCCUGACGACACAUUGCGCAUCUUAAUCGCAUCUGAUAUUCAUUUGGGAUAUCAAGAAAACGACGCCGUUCGCGGCGAUGAUAGUUUUAUAGCUUUUGAAGAAGUUCUAUCUUCAGCUGUUCAGUAUGAUGUUGAUUUCGUACUGCUUGGAGGAGACCUGUUCGAUCAUGCCAAGCCCUCGCCGAGUUGCAUGUACAAAUGCACGGAAAUCAUUCGCAAGUAUUGUUUUGGCGAUAAGCCUAUAAACAUUGAAGUAUUAUCUGAUCAAUUGGAAAACUUUUCACGGGCUGUUAAUUACGAAGAUCCUAAUUUAAACGUGUCGUAUCCAAUAUUGUCUAUUCAUGGAAAUCACGAUGACCCUGUCGGUCAAGGCAGCGUCAGCUCUCUCGACAUAUUAUCUAUCACUGGUCUAGUCAAUUAUUUCGGCAAAUGGACUGAUUACACAAAAGUCCGGAUAUCUCCAGUGCUAAUUCAAAAGGGUGAUACUAAAUUAUCUUUAUAUGGAUUGAGUCAUUUGAAAGACCAGCGUCUCGCUCGUUUGUUUGCAGAAAAAAAGGUUGAAAUGGAUCUCAUGGAAAAUGGAGCAGAUUGGUUCAACAUACUUGUGUUACAUCAAAACAGAGCUGAUAGAGGUCCCAACAAUUAUAUUUCUGAAAGUGUGUUGCCCAAAUUUUUAGAUCUAGUUAUAUGGGGGCAUGAGCAUGACAGUCAGGUGUUCCCAAUGAAAGAUGUAAAAAGGGAAGAUGAAGGCUUCUUUGUUAUCCAGCCCGGUAGCACUGUGGCCACUUCUAUGGCAGCCGGUGAGGCCUUACCUAAACAUUGUGCGUUGUUGCAGCUUCACAAAAAAGAGUAUAUAGUCACACCAAUUCCCUUAAAAACUAUUAGGCCAUUCAUAUUUAAAACAAUUGUAUUAUCAGAAGAAAAUUUGGGUGAGGAUAAUGUUAAUGAAAAUGAAAAAGUACAAAAUUUCUUGAAAGUUAAAGUAAAUGAGGCCAUUGCUGAAGCAGAAAAACUUAGGAGUGGCGAUCCCAAACAACCAACCAUGCCCCUCGUUAGGCUCAGUGUUUUCUAUGAAAGAGAUGACCAGGAUUUUAACCGUGUAAGGUUUGGACAAAAUUUUAAUGGUCAAGUAGCGAAUCCUAAUGAUUUGUUAAUUAUGAAGCGGGAAAAGAAGAUCCGCGAUAAAAAAGAGCGUGUCUCUGAAGAUGACGAUACGGCGCCUCAUGUGGAAGUUACAUCAGAAGUAACAGAUGUUGAAACUCUUUUACAGGCUUACUAUGAUUCUCAACCUCCUGAAAAACAACUAUCUGUUUUAUCCGUUCGUGCCAUCACUGAAGCCAUUAAAGAUUUCACAUUAAAACGUGAUGAUGAUGUGUUUCGUCGCGUUCUAGAUGCGCAUCGCCGCCGCUGCGUCGAAUCACUCCUGGAAUCUACAGCUGAAACCGAAGAAGAGAUGAAUGAUCGUAUGCGAAUGUGCAAAGAGGCGUUAGACGCGGCUGACGCCGAUCAGUUGAAGAGCUUAAUAGAUGCGGCGAGUGCGAAAGAUGAGGCCAAGCGUAAAGAUGAGAAACAGUUAAUUGUACUAGUGAAAAGGGAGUCUAUAGUGCUGUCGAGCGACGAUGAGAGCACAUCCACGGGCCGCGGUCGCGGUAAAGGUGCGCGUGGAGGGCGCGGGCGCGGGAGGGGCAAGGGUCGAGGCAAGUCCCCGCAAGCCGCGCCGCCGCCGGUGCCCGAGCGACGGACGCCCAAGAGAUCAGCUGCACAGAAAACUACAUCGUGGCUUCAAAGUCUCACCAGUGAUCGUACGUUACGUCGCCGCAAAGACUCUUCCGAAAUUGAAAUCUCUGAUUAGUGUAUAAUAUUUUAUCUCAUAAGUAUUUAUAUUUAAGGGUAUUGUAAGAAUAUUAUAAUAUCUUGAAUAUAUUAUAGAGGUAUAAUUUUUUUGAUAAAAUUGUGAAUCUUUUUAAUGUACAGUAAAAAUUUGUAUUUCAUUGAAUAAACCUGUUUCAGUUA